CUUUAGUGCGUGUGACAUCUUAGCUUCCAAUUUCACUCCACCUCAUUGUUGUGUCGGCCAUGUGGUGUCGCUGGCUCUGUGCGCUGCUGGUAGCGGUGCUCGCAUGUUUGCUCGGUCUGCUGUCCUUCCUGGUGGAUCUGGGGACUUCACCUCCACGGCACCAUGAGGUCCUCGUGCAGACCUCCGAGCAAUACAAGGUGAUUCCUCGAGCGACCGAAGCAGAGGGUCUACCAGUUUUGGUCUUGAUGACCGAAGCCAUUAACGCGGCCAUGGUGACACAUGCACUCUUGGUAGCUGAUGCGGCGAAGCCCUUCUUUGAGGUUCACUUGGCAUCCUUUGGUGGGGCCUAUGCAAAGUUGCUGGAGCAAUCAGAGUUUCAGUAUCAUGCGCUGUCACCUCAGUGGACCGAAGAACAAAGUAAGGCCAUCUACGCCGCAGAUCAGUUUGAGUCCUUCUCAAAUCCCUACACCGAAGUGCUACACGAGCAGAUCGCUUCUUCACUUCACUUGUAUUCAACCAUCCGGCCCAGUGCGGUCGCGGCCUUCUUCGUCUUAUCUGCCAGCAUCUCUGCGCGCAUUGCGAGACUUCCGCUCUUUGUGGAUAUGAGUAUGACGCGCGAAUAUGCCACGGAGCCCAAGGCCAUCGCGGCUUCGAUUGCAGAUGAUGGAGUGGUCACCAAAAUGGGCCUUCGGAUGACAAUGUCGCAUGUGGCAUCAUGGUUGAUGAAGCGAAUGACCUUCAUCGCUGGUCCAUUCGAAGCUGCCGCAAGGGAGUGGAACAUCACUGGGAUUCAUUUGAUUUGGGAUUUGAUGGAAGGCGACUAUACGGUGAUCUCCGAUAUUCCCUCCUGGGUUGGAGUGGAUGAGAAGAAGCUUCCUCCUCAGGUGACUUAUGUCGGGCCUUUGUAUGGCAAGCUGAAGAUGGAGAUCCCACCAGAAGUGAUGGAGCUCAGAGAGAAGGCUACCCAAGAAGGGCAGCCCCUCAUUUGGUUCGCGAUGGGCUCCUCGGGGCAACCGCCCUUGGUCUUGUCGAUCCUCCGAGAACUUCUUCGGCAACAACCGAGACCCGACUCGCCCAGCUGGCCUUUGGAGCUUGUGGGAGGCGGCAUUUGGAGGUAGAGAAAGCCAUGUUGGGAGGGAAGACCGCACCUUUGAAUGGUUUGUUCAUAGGGUGCUUGAACUCGGCCGCGAGCCAAGUGUUUGGAGAAGUUCAGAUGUAUCUCGUUCAAAAGUAUGUUUCAAAGAGGUCCUCCGAGAACCACUAUGGACCUCAUUUUUGCCUUAGAAGAUUGCUUUCAUCACAAAUUGACUUGCUCAUGUUUUGACCACCUGAUGAUAUUUAAGAGCCCCCCAGCUGCCUUCCUAUUGUUGCUUAUUCAUGGGCCCAUUGGCGCAUAUUUCGGCCAACUGACAAUCAAUACUGAGCCGAAAGGCUUUCUGCAACUGACCCUGUAGAAGCCGCUUCUGGCGGGACCAAAGGCCCUGGAAAGAGUUGGUUGAGGAGAAACGAAAUGUCAAAAGGAACAAGCAGACACUGAAAACGAAGCAACUCACAACACGAUGUUUAAGUAACCACACUUAGGCACAGAGCAAGUAUGCACAAUACGAUGUUUUUGGCUCUUUCACGCAUUUUCAACCAUUGUCAACCCACUUCUAGGAGCACGGACGCUACUAGGAGCAAGGCUGCUAUUAGUAACAAGAAGCUGUCAGGUAGGAGUAACACGAGACUCUACACCGGAGUUCGGAGACGACUGGGAUUCCUCAGUGAGUCCAUCGGACUGAGGACGUGGUUCGUCAUUGCGCCGGUCCAUACGCUGUUGAAAGGUGUGGGAAUCGACAGCGCUGAUCAGCAUGCCUUGGUGGAAGCGGGGCUGGCUUCAGACAGACUCUUCAUUCCAUCAUCCUUACUUCCAUCGCACCGAGUGGAACCCCUUUGUGACGCUGCUCUGACCCAUGGUGGGCAAGGAACUGUUCACACGAGUAUGUGCUCUGGAGUGCCUUUUGUCGGUGUGGGCAUGAUGCCGGAACAGGAUCUGAAUAUCCGUUUGGCCGCUGAAAAGGGGAUGGCCCUGCAGGCCAUGAAGACGGAUCAUCCAUCUCAGGUUGCUGGAUUGAUGAAACAGCUGGUGGAAUCGAAGGAGAUGCGUGUAAAGGCAUUGAAGAUCAAAGAGCAAUGCCAAGAAUUCACGGGCGAACAUGCCUUUGUCAAUUUGAUCCGUGAAGUAACGAAAAGCUGAAAAGAGACGUUGCAAGAUGCGAUGAAAGCAUUUUGUCAUUGACUUUGAGGUCCAAAUGUAAAAGUGAGGGUGUAACACAAAUCAAAAGCGGUUCUCAGCUGGGUAAGCCUUG